GGAAGAGGUGGCAGACGAAUCAGACCUCUCUGGCUGACUUCAUCCAGGAAGGGCUCUUUGAUGAUUCCCUCACACACCUUUUCCUUUCUCCCUGACCAUGGUGGUCUUCCUCACUGCGGUGAGUGGCAGCGCCCUCACGCUUCUCCACAUCUGUGCUGAUCCCCGGCUUCACACCCCCAUGUACUUCCUCCUCAGCCAGCUCUCCCUCAUGGAUGUGAUGCACGUCUCUACAGUAAUCCCCAAGAUGGCGACCAACUACCUAUCCGGCCAGAAGUCCAUCUCCUUUGUGGGCUGUGAUCAGCAUUUCCUCUAUUUGACUAUGGGUGGUGCUGAGUGUGUUCUCCUAGCUUCCAUGUCCUAUGACCGCUAUGUUGCCAUCUGUCACCCACUGCACUACACUGUUCUCAUGAACAGAAAGGUGGGACCAAUGACGUCUGCCAUGUCUUGGUUGGGAGCAUCAGUCAACUCCCUCAUUCACACAGUGAUCCUGAUGCACUUCCCCUUCUGUGGGCCUCGAGAAAUCCACCCCUUUUACUGUGAGUUUCCAGCUGUUGUGAAGUUGGUAUGUGGAGAUAUCAUUGUUUAUGAGGCCACAGUUUACAUCAGCACCAUCCUACUUCUCCCCCCCAUCCUCCUGAUUUCUGCAUCCUGUGUCUUCAUCCUCCACAGUGUCAUUCAGAUGCGUUCAGCUGCGAGUAAGAGAAAUGCCUUUUCCACCUGCAGCUCUCACCUCACCAUGCUUUCCCUCUGGUUUGGUGCCUGCAUCUUCUCAUAUAUGAGGCCCAGGACCCAGCGCACUCCACUGCAAGACAAAGUUGGUUCUGUGUUCAACAGCAACAUCACUCCCACACUGAAUCCUUUAAUUUGUACUCUCCAGAAUACGGAUGUAGCUAAGGCUCUGAGGAGAGUGCUGUGGAGAGAUCUUAUCACUAAAAGACCGGAAGUGCAGUUGCUCUGA